CGGAGGGAGUCGGCGCAAGAUGGCGGCGGGAGGGGCCCGGGCUGCGGCUCUGGCCGCCGAGUGAGGGGCGGGGGGGCCCGGGGGCGCGCGGCCCGAGACCCCCCCGGCCGCCCUCCUCCUCCCCUUGUUCCUGUGGCUGGGGGGGUACCCCUCCCCUCCACACCAUGGAGCCAUCUCCUAUGUCUCCGGGUGGGGCCGCACUCCCUCUGCCUCUAUCACUGGCCCCCCCGCCACUGCCCCUGCCUGCGGCUGCGGUGGUACACGUGUCCUUCCCUGAGGUGACCAGUGCCCUCCUGGAGUCCCUCAAUCAACAGCGGCUGCAGGGCCAGCUCUGUGAUGUGUCCAUCCGAGUGCAGGGACGGGAGUUCAGGGCUCAUCGUGCUGUUUUGGCUGCGUCCUCCCCUUAUUUCCACGACCAGGUCUUACUCAAGGGCAUGACCUCCAUCUCACUGCCCAGCGUCAUGGACCCCGGAGCCUUCGAGACUGUGUUGGCUUCAGCUUACACUGGCCGCCUCAGCAUGGCCGCUGCAGACAUUGUCAACUUCCUCACAGUGGGGUCUGUGCUCCAGAUGUGGCACAUCGUGGACAAGUGCACUGAACUCCUCCGAGAGGGCCGGGCCUCAGCCACCACCACCACCGUCACUACUGCUGCAGCCACAUCCGUCACUGUCCCUGGUGCAGGGGUCCCCCCCGGGAGUGGGGGCAGUGUAGCCCCUGCUGCUGUGGGCUCCGUGCGCUCUCAUGCCUCCAGCCGGGCCAGUGAGAAUCAGUCCCCCAGCAGCAGCAACUACUUCAGCCCCCGGGAGUCCGCUGAUUUCUCCUCUUCAUCCCAAGAGGCUUUUGCCGCUUCUGCAGUGGGCAGCGGGGAGCGUCGAGGUGGUGGCCCCGUGUUCCCAGCCCCGGUGGUCGGCAGUGGAGGGGCUACCUCUGGGAAGCUGCUGCUGGAGGCAGAUGAGCUGUGUGAUGAUGGCGGGGAUGGGAGGGGGGCGGUGGUCCCUGGGGCUGGGCUCCGGCGGCCGGUCUAUGCACCCCCCAGCAUCGUACCACAGAAACACUGGGUGUACGUGAAGCGGGGUGGAACCUGCCCCGCACCAGCACCCCUGGCUCCCCAAGACCCAGACCUGGAGGAAGAUGAGGAGGAGGAAGACUUGGUGUUGACCUGUGAGGAUGAUGAAGAUGAAGAGCUGGGGGGUGGCUCCCGUGUUCCACCAGGGGGAGAACCUGAGACGACCCUUAGCAUUAGUGAUGUCCGGACCCUGUCUGAGCCUCCGGACAAGGGAGAGGAGCAGGUCAAUUUCUGUGAGUCCUCCAAUGACUUUGGCCCCUAUGAGAGUGGGGGUCCCGGAGGGGGGCUUGAGGAUUCAGGGGGACCAACCCCUUCCUCCUAUGCUCCCUCCCACCCUCCUAGGCCCCUGCUUCCGCUGGACAUGCAGGGCAACCAGAUCCUAGUCUUCCCAUCCUCUUCAUCCACCUCCUCCUCCUCCUCACAGGCUCCAGGCCAGCCACCAGGGAACCAAACUGAACACGGGGCUGUGACGCUGGGGGGCGCGUCAGCAGGGGCCCUGGGCAUGCCGGGUGGCACUGGCGGGACCCCUGGAGGGACAGGCAGUGGGGAUGGAAAUAAGAUCUUUCUGUGCCACUGUGGGAAGGCCUUCUCCCAUAAGAGCAUGCGCGAUCGGCACGUGAACAUGCACCUGAACCUGCGGCCCUUUGACUGCCCCGUGUGCAACAAGAAGUUCAAGAUGAAGCAUCACCUGACGGAGCACAUGAAGACUCACACAGGCCUCAAGCCCUACGAGUGCGGCGUCUGCGCCAAGAAGUUCAUGUGGCGAGACAGCUUCAUGCGCCAUCGGGGACACUGUGAGCGCCGGCACCGCCUAGGUGGGGGCGGGGCCGGGGCUGGGGCGGGACCCGGGGGGCCCACCAGGCCAGCCGUGCAACCCAAGAGAGAGUCUCCAGGCCGGGGCAGCGGCGACGAGGCGAGUGGGACCACGCCCCCGUCCAGCCGACGGGUCUGGUCCCCGCCCAGUGUCCAUAAGGUGGAAAUGGGCUUCGGUGGGGGCGGAGGAGCAAACUGAAGAGGCGGGCUACUGGGGGUAGCCUUCGAAGGAGGGAAGAGGAACGGGAGCCAGGGGCCCUGUGGCUCUUACGUGGUGUCCCCACACACCUACUGUCUUCCUAUCUCAAUAGACUUGUACAUAUUCUGGA